CUCUCCACCGGAAAAUUCUUCCGGUGGCCCGUCAAGAAGGGAGGCUUCGAGUAUUAUGCCAUCUUGGCACAGGGCGAUCGACUUCUGCGUUUGCGCCGUCAAGGCCAGCCCUGAGCAAAAAAUUAUUUGGAGGCCUUUAUACAUAAAAAACAUAAAAUAUGACACAAGAAAUAAUAGAAAAGACUUACUUGAGAACUGAGAUGAGAGCCAUGGCUACCCUAAUGCUCUUUGCGGUAGUGAAGAGAAUGAAACCCUAGGAUCGAAUCUGAGCAACAGAAUGUUGUGUAAUUGGACUUUGUUUCAGUAUACAUUUAUAUAUAUAUAAAAAAUAUAUAUAUUGGGCCCCAGAUUGAGGGCCCCCGGCGGUCGUCCAGGCCGGGCCGUGCUCAGGGCCGGCCCUGUGCGCUGUAGUAAGCUUUCCGAUUUGGAGUCGCCCCUUGAUUUCUAUGACGGGAACUCGACUUUUCUGAUUAGCUCGCUGGGAUUGUAAGUUUCUUUUGUGUUUACUAUCAAGUAAAUUGAAUUUGUAUUUGUUUUGGUCGGUGUUUCGUUUCUUUUUGCACAGUUUGCAGUAUGUGACAGUCGAAUUGGAGAUGCCAGGGAUGAAAUUCAUGGUGACGCCAUGUGAUUGUAGUAGAGGCGCCUACUCAGGGAGUUUGAGCCAAGUGUUUACAGUCUUAAAGGGUCAUCAACAGGCAAAAGGGUCACCUUCAACAACCUCUUGUGUGAACACCAUACUCGCUGCCCUGGAACAUUCAGUGAUUGCCCUUACGUGGUCUCUUAUGUCUCUGCUCAAACUUCUACUUCUGGGAUUUUGGUGGAGGAUGUUCUGUGCUUAGCUACAGGAGAUACUAAUGAGGAGUUGGUUGAGGCAUAUCACAUAUGUCACAUUUGGCGGUGAACAGGUUCAGAGUGGUUCAUUUCUUGACAUUGGGGCUCCCAAUGGCUUGUUUGCGCUUGGUAAAGAAAAGAUAUCAGUUCCUAGUAUUUUAUCCAGGGAAGACUUGAUGGCAGAUUCUUUACCUAUGUCUUUUGGACAUGAUGGAAUCAGAAGAAUCAAUUUUGGAGACAAGGGCAGUUCUGACCAGGAAGAGACCCCAUUUAAUGCCGAAUCCACCACAGUAAAUGCCCGACUUAUAAUAUUACAGUGGUUCAAAUUCGAGUAGGAACAACUUUAAUUG